GGAGCGUCCCUAGGCCGGGUGCUCGGCCCCGAGAUGUCCAAUCAUCUCGCGCCUAGGGGCGGGACUUCCGGCUGCUGCCCCGGAGGAGGCGGGAGUGGCCCAGCGUGUGUUACAGAAUUUAAACGCUGAAGGAAGAUGUCUUUUUUCCCCAAAAUCUCUUUUCAAUGUGAAGUUGAAGAGUAUCUCAGCAAAGUGUUCAGAAAUAAUGAGCUUAUAACUGCUUUAGGUACAAAGGAGGCAGAGAGUAAAUAUCAAUCUCUGUUAAGUCAUCUAUCUCAUCCACCAGCUAUCACAACUGUUAGAGUUAAUACCAACUUGGCCUCAGUGAAACAUGUGAAAAAACUGCUGCUUGAAGAAAUCCAGAAGCAAUUUAAAGGAAUCCGUGUUCCAGUUAUUGAGCACCCGCAACUCCAGGACAUCUUAUUAAUUCCUGUUAUUGGACCCAGGCAAGAUUUAAAAAAACAUGAGCCUGAAGUCAUUGUUGGAGCACAGUGUGGGUACGCAGUACUUCGAGGCGCACACGUUUAUGUUCCUGGUAUCAUAUCUACUUCAAAAUGUAAGAGUUCUCUACAUUUAAAACUUCUAAAUGUUGUGAAGGCUGGAGAUUUAGUCUCCGUCUAUUCGGAUAUUGAAGGGAAAUGUAAAAGAGGAGCCAAAGAAUUUGAAGGAGUCAAAGUUUUCCUUGGAAAUGGGAUUUCAGAACUGAGUCGCAGUGACAUUUUCAGUUUGAAUGGCCGGACAAUUGGGUUAGGUGUGAGAAUGACAGAGCCAGUCUAUCUUAGUCCUUCGUUUGAUGGUGUGCUUCCUAGUCAUGUAUUUUUACAGAACUUACCUUCAGUGGUUGUCAGCCAUGUUUUAAACCCUCAACCAGGUGAAAGAAUUUUGGACAUGUGUGCUGCACCUGGAGGAAAAACAACCCAUAUUGCAACAUUAAUGUGUGAUCAGGGUGAAGUAAUAGCAAUGGACAAGAUAGCCAACAAGGUCAAAAGAAUUAAGCAGAAUGCUGAAUUACUGCAGUUGAAUUGCAUAAAGGCAUUUUGCUAUGACGGAACAAAAGCACUGUCAGCUGAGAAGAGAGAGGAUAAACAAGAAGGGCCUCCAUUUCUACCGGAAUCAUUUGAUCGAAUUCUUCUUGAUGCUCCAUGCAGCGGGAUGGGGCAGAGACCAAACAUGGCUUAUUCCUCGACUUUAAAGGAAGUGACAUCUUACCAACCACUCCAGCGCAAGCUUUUCACUGUGGCAGUGAGAUUGCUGAAGCCAGGAGGUGUUUUGGUAUAUAGUACAUGUACAAUUACACUUUCUGAAAACGAGGAGCAAGUUGCCUGGGCCCUGGAAACUUUUCCAUGCCUCCAGCUUCAGCCACAGGAACCUCACAUUGGAGGAGAAGGCAUGAGGGGAGCCGGACUGGAGCUCCAUCAGUUGAAGCUGCUGCAGAGAUUUGAUCCGUCUGCUGGGACUUUGCAAGGAACGGAUAUGGAAUCUUUGCAAGAUUGCAGGGAAGAAGAUUUGGUUUCACUGGCAAAUAAGGACUGUAUAGGAUUUUUUAUUGCAAAAUUUAUGAAGUUGAAGAGUAAAUAAGCACCCAGCAAUACAACCUGGAAAAAUACCUCUGUGAGCCUAAGAGCAGUUCAGACGUGAAGUGCAUGUGGUGGUGCUGUGCAGGUUGCCAAGCCAACGGGUGACGGCAGGGUUGCCAUGGCAGCGCUACAGUCUGCCAGCUGUUCUGCUGGGAAAGAGCCACAGGUUGCAGAAAGUCGGGGCUGGGGGAAGGGCAGCAUCGUUUUUAGGUCUGUUUGCUUUUAUAUUCACAGCGGGUCAACGCCUGGAUGACAAGGAUGUUCAGUGCUUUUGUCUGUUAUCUCUCGCCGUGUGAGUGGCUCACCUAGUGCAGGAGCAGUGGGAACAGGGGCUGGGGGGUGGUGAGGUAAGAUCCUCAAUGAAACGCAAGCAGAAAUAAAGCGGACAGGAACCAUUAUGGUGAAUUCUGGAUUAAGCUUUUUCUAUGGAGGUUUACCAAUGGUUAAUGCUUCAUUAAAUAGGGCUUCGGGAAACACUGUAACGUUUUACAAACGACUUUUAUAAAUUGAUACUUAGAACCUCAUUUCUCUUUUAUUUUAAUACAAGCAAGAUUCUCUGUACACAUAGUAUAUACACAAAAUACGAUUAGGCUUUGUAGCAGGUCUUUUAUAGCAGCAUGAAUAUAUUAAACCAUCUCACUCUGGGAAUGUAAAUAAAUAUUAUUUCAACAUCAAACUUCCCAUGCAUAAAUUGUAUUGGUUCUGAAACAGCCGCCUGGAGUGGCUGACCAAUGACAACUUUAAAAUCAAACAUUUGCAAUAGAAGGGGCUACAUUUGUGAUGAAAAUAACAGAAGACAGAAAACAGUGCAUUAAUAUCAUCUGAAAUGUUGCAAAUCACCUUUCAAACAACUAAGAAUAUUAACUCUUAACUGGUUAGAAAGCAUCAAAUCAAAUGAAGGUUGAAAUAGGGGGAGCAUGCUCCUGAGAACUGACUCCACACGCUGUUAAACAUUCAAUAAUUGAAGUUUCUUAAACGUGUUGUCCCCAUUUGCAAACUCUGCUUCAGUUCCAGAGAUGUUCUGUCCGAGCAAUGUUCUCUUUUUGCAGGACUGUUAGAAACAGCACAAAACGCAGGGGAAAGACAAGCACGCUUCAGAAACCUGAACUGACAUCUGUGUUUUGUCAUUGGUUCUUUGCCUUUCUCAUUGAUUAAAAAGCAUUCUCUGUAAAAAAAUGCCUUAUUUUGCACUCCUCGUUAUUUGGUUACUAAAAGGGAUACCAUGAUAAUUUACCUUCGCACUGUCAGAAGUGCUCGUAAUCAGAAUAAUAUAUACAGCUCAGUAGUCUGGUUCUUAAAUUUGUGACAAAUGUUUUGAUAUAAUGCAUUUUCUACUGUUGUUAAAUAAAUUGUCUCUUCUGUUCUGCUAA